GCAAGCGCACUGGCCUCACAACCCCGGGCGGCACGCGGGUAGGUAGGCUAGAGCCUAGAGGAAGGGAGCAGAGCGUGCUGGGGUCUUUUUUCGCUCUCCGCGCAGUGCGUGGGUCAGCGGAUCCGUGGAGGUGCGGAGCCUGACUAGGCCUCCCCGGCUCGCGCGUGAGUGCAGCGGAAGCCCUUCUGUUCCUCCACGAGUUGGAGGAGUGCAGCGGGCUUGCACCCCGGUGUCGGGACGCGAGCUAGUGCUCCUCAUUUCCUCCUAACGGUGCCCCCCACGCAUACACUCCAGUCCCCCCGAGAGUUGGUCUUCGCCCCUCGGCGCGCCCCUCCUCACCCGGCCCCUCCCACCGGCCCCCAGUUUCCGCCGGCUUGCUAGCUGCCUAGCUCGCGGUCCGUAGUCGGCUUCGUCCCUGGGGUCCCUGCUUGGGGGCGGAGAAGAUGGCUGGAGGACGUCUGCUGUUGGGGGGCGACUUCCUGUCGCCGCCGCCGCUGCCCCCCCUCCCGCCGCCGCCGCUGCCGCCCCUCCCGCCGCCCCCGCCCGAGCCAGUGUUGGAGCAGUGGCGCUAUAGCCACGAAAGUGACUGGCAGUGGGCUCUGCGGCGCAGCUUCAUCUGUCGGCACUUGCACAGCUAUCCCGGGGCUGCCCUCGACCAGCUCCUCGCGCUCUCCGCCGCCUGGACCAACCACGUCUUCCUGGGCUGCAGGUACAGCCCACGCUUGAUGGAAAAAAUUCUCCAAAUGGCUGAAGGUAUUGAUAUCGGGGAGAUGCCUUCAUAUGAUCUGAUGCUGCCCAAGUCUUCCAAAGGUCAAAAACGUCACCUCUCAACAUGUGAUGGUCAAAAUCCUCCUAAAAAGCAAGCCGGUUCCAAAUUCCAUGCGAGACCUCGUUUUGAGCCUGUACAUUUUGUAGCUAGUAGUUCAAAAGAUGAAAGACAGGAAGAUCCUUAUGGCCCUCAAACAAAAGAGGUAAAUGAACAAACACAUUUUGCCAGCAUGCCAAGAGACAUCUACCAAGAUUAUACUCAAGACUCUUUCAGUAUACAAGAUGGGAAUUCUCAGUAUUGUGAUUCAUCAGGAUUCAUUUUCACAAAAGACCAGCCUGUAACAGCCAACAUGUAUUUUGACAGUGGGAACCCCACCCCAAGCAGCACAUCACAGCAGGCAAACUCUCAGUCAACUCCUGAGCCUUCACCAUCACAGACAUUUCCCGAGUCCGUGGUAGCCGAGAAGCAGUAUUUUAUUGAAAAAUUAACGGCGACUAUCUGGAAGAACCUUUCUAAUCCAGAGAUGACUUCUGGAUCUGAUAAAAUUAAUUACACAUACAUGUUAACUCGUUGUAUUCAGGCAUGUAAGACAAAUCCUGAGUACAUAUAUGCUCCUUUAAAGGAAAUUCCUCCUGCCGACAUCCCCAAAAAUAAAAAACUUCUAACUGAUGGCUAUGCUUGUGAAGUUAGAUGCCAAAAUAUCUACUUAACUACAGGUUAUGCUGGCAGCAAGAAUGGGUCCAGGGAUCGAGCUACUGAGCUAGCUGUAAAACUCUUGCAGAAACGUAUUGAAGUUAGAGUUGUCCGGCGGAAAUUCAAGCAUACGUUUGGAGAGGACCUCGUGGUGUGUCAGAUUGGCGUGCCCUCCUAUGAAUUUCCUCCAGCUCUGAAACCACCAGAGGACUUGGUGGUGCUGGGUAAAGAUGCUUCCGGGCAGCCAAUUUUUAAUGCUUCCGCCAAACACUGGACCAAUUUUGUCAUUACAGAAAAUGCAAAUGAUGCAAUUGGUAUCCUUAACAAUUCUGCCUCAUUCAACAAGAUGUCAGUUGAAUACAAAUAUGAGAUGAUGCCAAAUCGCACAUGGCGUUGUCGAGUGUUUUUACAAGAUCACUGCUUAGCUGAAGGUUAUGGAACCAAGAAAACAAGUAAACAUGCAGCUGCUGACGAGGCUUUGAAAAUUCUUCAAAAAACACAGCCCACUUACCCAUCUGUCAAAAGUUCACAAUGCCAUACAGGCCCUUCACCCAGAGGAUCUGGAAAGAAGAAAGAUAUAAAGGAUCUUGUGGUUUACGAGAAUUCUUCCAAUCCCGUGUGCACGCUGAACGACACAGCUCAGUUUAACCGAAUGACAGUUGAGUAUGUCUAUGAAAGGAUGACAGGCCUCCGCUGGAAAUGCAAAGUGAUUCUAGAGAGCGAAGUAAUUGCAGAAGCAGUUGGGGUGAAGAAAACUGUCAAAUAUGAAGCUGCUGGGGAAGCUGUUAAAACCCUCAAAAAGACCCAGCCAACUGUUAUUAACAACUUGAAGAAAGGAACUGUUGAAGAUGUGAUUUCAAGAAAUGAAAUUCAGGGCCGCUCAGCAGAGGAGGCUUAUAAACAGCAAAUCAGAGAAGAUAACAUUGGAAAUCAGCUGCUGAGAAAGAUGGGUUGGACUGGUGGUGGUUUAGGUAAAUCUGGUGAGGGCAUACGGGAGCCUAUCUCAGUCAAAGAGCAGCAUAAGCGGGAGGGGCUUGGUCUGGAUGUAGAGAGGGUGAAUAAAAUUGCUAAGAGAGAUAUUGAACAGAUCAUCAGAAACUACGCCCGCUCUGAGAGCCACACAGAUUUGACUUUUUCUAGAGAGCUGACUAAUGACGAACGGAAGCAAAUACAUCAGAUUGCCCAGAAGUAUGGUCUUAAGAGUAAGUCUCAUGGGGUGGGCCAUGAUAGGUACCUGGUGGUAGGUAGAAAAAGACGGAAGGAAGACCUACUAGAUCAGCUCAAACAGGAAGGCCAAGUGGGCCAUUACGAGCUUGUUAUGCCUCAGGCAAAUUGAGAUCUUCCUAUGCCUCAAGCCAAUUGAGAUCUUCCAAUGCCUCAAGCAAAUUGAGAUCUUCCUAAUUUAUUUUGUAAAUGCCUAAUGAGGCAGAUUUUUGAAUUUAAGAAAUGCUACAUGUCCUGGUUGCAGAGUAUAUUCAUCUUAAGAUGUCUCACCUUGUUCAUUUCAUAUAGUGGUUUAUUAAAUAUUGGAACCUAAAGAAUUCUGUCCACUUGUAUUAGCUUAAUCCAGCAGAUAUUGUGCAGUUACUGUUUGUGUCUUUUAUAUUGCUGUGUCCCUCAGAUUUUAGCAGUUUGACAAGCCAAAUGGAAUUUUACCCCAAGAAAGAAAUUCUCAUUUUAAAGGGCAUAGCACAGCAAUCUGCAACAAUAUGUAAAGUUGAUAUUGACUACCAUCUCUUAAUUCCAGAUUUACUGAAAAUGUCAGAUCAUUUUGUAUUAAUCUAUUUUCAUCUUUGUGUGAAGCCAGUUAUAGAAUGUUUGACAGUAAAUUGUGCUGUACAUGUAAAUGUCCUUACCAACUAAAUGAUGUAAAACUUUCUUAAAGUAAUUUUAGUGUUCAUUUAUUUGUAACUUCUACCAUGUGAUUUCCAGAAUAUUGGAAGUGGUUUACUGUAUCUUGUGAUAUAUGGGUUUUAACAAAAUCUAGUCUUCACGCUGAGAGAGCACUACUUGAGAGAGCAGUUGAAAGUUUCAAAAACUUUGGUUCAAUCUGAAGAAAGGAAGCUUGAACUGUUUGUUCUUGGUGCCUUGCAGAGAGACUCACAGCAACUCUCCAUUAUAGCUUUCACACGGUUUGGAUGUGCAGGACAUCCAAGGCAGCCACAGCUGUGGUAGAGCUUGGUAAAAGACUGAAGACACAUUGGUGCUUUGAUGCAAAGGUCAGUUGGCUGGUCCCUCUCUCAAAAAGCUUAUUUAGCCGGAAAAGCCAACUUUGUAACAUAUUUAAAACUGCUAUUUUCGCUUAUUUCUGGAAUGUAAAAAAAUGUAUAAAAAGAAUUAGUGUAUACUUCCUGAAUAAAAAGGAGCCAAAGUUGAUGAGAA